GAUUAUGAAUUAUUGUAAUGACUAACGCUAAAUAAUAAAUAAAUAAUUUUCAUUUUAAAUAAAUAUUAUUAACGAAAUUAAGAAAGAAAAAAACAAAACAGUAUCUCAUCAGAAUAAAAAUAAACAAUGGAAGCUGUUCCAAGACUUCAAAUGUUGAGCUUUGCUCUUAAAAUUAGUCCAGAAGGGACAUCGUUUUCCAAUUUGAAAAGGAUUAUUGCUGAAUGUUAUCAAGAAGAUGCAGAAUCAUAUUCAAAAGAAGUUUAUACUUUAGAAUCUUUAAGAAAUGCUGCUAUGCGACCGGAAAAGGAUACAAAUGGUUGUAAAAUAUUGAAACGCUAUUAUUCUCAAUUACAUGCAUUAAUAAAUAGAUUUCCUCAAAUAUCUGAAAGAAAUUUAUUUACAUUUCAAUGGAAAGAUUUAAAUGUUAAUAAUAUAACAGAAACCAAUGAUAUAAGAUAUGAAAUGGCUGCUGUUCUUUAUAAUAUUGCUGUUUUACAUACUGAAGUUGGUGCGACCGUGCAACGUACUGACAUUGAAGGAAUGAAAUUAGCUUGUACACAUUUUCAAUGUGCUGCAUGGGCAUUUGGUGAAUUAAAAGAAAAAUUUCAAAAUAUUAAUUCAAAUACAGAUUUUAUGACACCGGAAUUAUUAGUUUUUAUGCAACAAAUAUCAUUUGCUCAAGCUCAAGAAUGUAUUUUAGAAAAAAGUUUAAUUGAUAAUCGUAAACCAAUAAUUGUAGCUAGAGUAACAGCACAAAUUAUUAAUUAUUAUAGUACAGCUUUAGUUGUACUAUUAAGUGGUGGUGAUGAUGGUUUUAUAUUUUCACAAGUUAUCGAUAAUAAUACAUUGAAAUUAUGGAAAAAAUAUGUUAAAUUUAAAAUAUCAUAUUUAAGUUGUAUAUUAUCAUUAUAUCAAGGGCAACAUUCAGAAGAACAACAAAAAAUGGGUGAACGUGUUGCUCUAUAUCAAGCGGCUGUUGAUAAAUUAGAGGAAGCAAGAAAAGAAAGUAAAGGUCUCCCAAAUCAAAAGGAGAUAAUAGAAGCAUUAACGUUUACAGGAGAUGUAGUUGAAGGAAAACGUAAAAAUGCAAAAAAUGAAAAUGAAUUUAUAUACCAUGAAGCCGUUCCAGAAUUUUCUGAUAUUACUGCUGUACAAGGAGCUAAUUUGGUUAAUGGUACAAGUUUUAGUGUCACUGAUCCCGAAAUAUUUGGGGAAGAUAUAUUUGCUAGACUUGUUCCAAUGAAGGCUCAUGAAGCUAGCUCAUUAUAUAGCGAAGAAAAAGCUAAAAUUCUACGAGAUAUUGGUGCAAAAUUGGAAGAAAAAGAUAAUGAGCUUUCAGUAUUUAUGAGUUCAUUAAAUAUCGAUAACUUAAAUGUUAGUGAAGAACAGGCAAAUAAAAUUCCCCAAGGUAUUGUUGACCGUUGUGCUCUUUUAAAUGCGAAACCAAAUGCGAUACCUGACUUAAUAGCAUCAAUGUCAAAUUUAGCAGAAAUAUGUGUUGAUGUUGAGACAAAUUUACGUGAUAUUAAAGAAAUUCUUGAUGAGGAAGAAUCUAAAGAAAAACAAUAUCAACAAUCCACAGGUGUCCAUAGACCAAAUACACAUUUUACAGAAUUAACAAGAGAAUUUCAAAAAUAUUUGGAAGCACAUCAAAGAGCUGGCGAUAGUAAUGAUACAUUACGUAAAGCUAUGGAACUGCAUGUUAACAAUUUGAAAAUUUUAUCAAAGCCAUUACAAGAAAUACAGCAAAGUAUUCCAAAAUUAAGUGGACAUGUUAACGAUGAAAUGUUCAAAGAGCUAAAAUUGAUUUUAAAUAAAGUAAAUGAAAUGAAAGCGCAACGGGCACAAUUUCAUGCAGAUUUGCGAAUAUCGAUUAACUCAGAUGAUAUAACUAGUAAAGUUAUAGCGCAUGGUAACAACGACUUAAAAGAACUUUUCAAAAAGGAAUUGGGGAAACAUGAUCACAAUGUUAAACUAAUCGAACAAAACUUAACUGCGCAAACUAAUAUUUUGACAGCGUUGACUGAUGCAUAUGCUAAAUGUGCUUCAUCUCUGAAAACUAUGAGUGAUGUUAAGCUUAAAAAAGAAAAUUUCUUUUCAUCUCUUGCGGCUUCAUAUGAUGUUUAUGAAGAUUUAUUAGCGAAAAGUGCUAAAGGUUUGGAAUUCUACAAGAAAUUGCAAGGAAAUAUUCAAAAAUUAUUAACGAGAGUGAAAGCUGCAAGGGAUGUUCAAGAAGAAGAUAGGAAACAAAGAAUCAAGUCAACUACGCUUGCUAAAAAUUAUCCAGAACUAUCGCCUUCUGUUAUUUCUUCUGCAGCACCCGCAAAAGAAAUCGGAAGUACACCGAAAUUAAAGGAUUAUUUAAAGGAUCACAACACAUCACUGAAAAAUUUUUCGGGAUAUUCAAAAGUUUCCGAUCCAUCCAGUAUGAAUCAUAUUCCAUCAAUAAGACCUAACCCUUUAGGAUCCGAAAAUCCCGCGGCUGCUGCCUGUAUUAAAUCCACAACGAGCAUUUCUGCUCCAACCAAUCAUUCCACUUAUACUCCUGUGGGUCCAAUGGACCCCCCUCCACCGUAUACACCACUCCCCUCAAUGUCUAAUACAGGUUACGAUUCAAUGGGAUUUGUUAACCCAAUUUAUCAAAACGCAGCCACAAACCACCCAAGUAAUCCGUAUUAUAUUGGUAAUUAUCAGCAAGCUGCUCAACAAAUUCCGAAUAUGUAUAGUAAUGCAACGCAAAAUCGAUUGCAAAAUCUGACGCAUUUGCCACAACAACAAGUUCAACAACAUUCAACAUCGGUUCAACCAGUUUCAAUAGCACAGGCAACAUCUUUACCACAACAAACAUUGGUUCCGCAACAAGGACAGCAAGGUGCAUUACAACAAAAUUCCAUGUUGCUACAACAAGCUUCGCAAUCACAAUCACAAGUAGAGCAAUAUAAGUUACAGUCUUUUCAAAAUUCAUCAUUGCAAAACCCAAAUAUGGCAAGCAAUUCAAUAACUUAUUCGUCUGGUUAUGGGUCUUCGCAAAUUCCACCAACAAAUUUACAGCAGCAACAACUUUAUCAGGAACAUUUACAACAACAAGUUCAAAAACAACAAUCUCAACAGACGUCCUAUUCUCCUUAUCAAGUAAAUCCAAUGCUGCAAAAUUUGUCUGCAGGCCAAAAUGCCACUUUCAUUCAAAAUCAAAUGAAAAAUCUAACCAUUAGAGCAGAAUCACCUCAACAACCUAUAACAAACUCAUAUUAUCAGCAGUCAUCAUCACCUCAAUAUAAUGUUCAGAAUGUUCAAACUCAGUUUUCCCAAAAUGUUGAUCAAAAUCAAAACGUAGCAUCAGUGCAACAACAACAAAAACCUUCUCGAAAUUUUGAUCAAUCAUAUCAAAUUCAAAACUCACAAUCUCAAUUUCCCAGUAUUCACUCACAAUCGCAGCAACAUUUAAAUCAGAUUGUUCAACAAAAUCAGCAACAACAAAAUGCUGCAAAUACAAAGCGGACUGAUGUCAAUUCUGCCGAACAACAAUAUUCAAAUCAAACAGUACCCCAAAAUUAUAUUGGGCAAUCAAAUGCAGUAAAUUUUUCGGUUCAUCAGAACAAUCCACAUCAGUUUAGUACUCAAACAACAGUUCAGCAACAAAUGCAACAGCAACAGCAGCUUCAACAACAACAUCAACAAAACAUGCAACAACAGCAACAACAGCCACCACAGCAGCAACAACAUAAUCAGCAGCAACAGCAACAUCAAAAACAGCAAUUGCAACAAUUGCAGCAGUAUCAGCAACAGUUUCCAAAUUCUUCGAAUUUUCAAUAUCCUCAACAAAAUUCAUCCAUACCCUCUCAAAUUUCAGCUUUUGGUUCACAUCCGGGUUACUCCUUCAAUCAAUCAAGUGGUCAAUACCAAUAUGGAAGUGGUUACCAAUACGCUUCCAAUAAUACGGGACAAGGACAAUAUACGAAUUCCACUAACUUUCAAGAGAAUAAAGCUAGUAAUACAACAAAUGUUAAUCAAUUAGCAAUUAGUUCUGGACUUAGUUCAAACUAUGAUAAACAGUGUAAUAAUACAAACCAAAAACCGUCGGUCGAUGAAAAUAACUAUUCAAGUUCACAAAACGUUUUAUAUGCUAACAAUACGUACCAACAGCCACUGCCGCCAUUUACAGGUGGAAUGACACAAAAACAACAAGAUCACUUACAACCUAUGAUUCCAAACUCAUCCCCUUUAACAUAUGUGCAAAGUAACAAUAAUAAUAAAACUGAGACUACUACCAGCUCAUCAGACGGUUCUCAAUUAAAACAAGAAAACAAGGAAGAAAAGACCACACAACAAACACCGAAUCCGCAAGGAACACAAAACAAAUCUUUACCAUCUAAUCAGUCAUCAGCUAAGUUGAAAGCUAAACCAAAAUCAACAAAAACAAAUGUGGAUUUAUUAACUGAUACAAAUGAUAAUAACACGGUUCCAGUAUUACCAGUUCCAGUUUUACAACCUUUGGUGGCAGUUAAUAGAUCAACAGAAACGACUGAAUCUAAAUUAAAUAAUUUAGUUAAUGCGAGUACUGUCACAGACAGUAAACGUCAAUCAAUUAGUGGUGAUAUUGAUAGCGGAAUAUCAGGAGAUGGAAAGAAUACAGAUAGUAAAAAAAUUCAACAGAUCAAUGAAUCUACUGUUAUAACUAGUACACCAUCUUUUCAAAACGAUACACAAUUUUCAUCGAUCGAUCGUAAAUUCAGUUGUGAUAAUAUAUCUAUUCAUUCAGAUUUAAGCUCUUUAGAUCAAAAUUUUGAUUGGGAUUCGGUUUCAAUACAAUCAAAUGAAAAACUUUCAACAUCAAAUGAUGUGAACAAUGUUAAUAGUUCAAAAUCAAGUAUUAAUACAAAUCAACAAAAACCAAUAAGUACUGAUCCUUUUGAUGAUUCUAAUAUUCUUAAAUAUUUUCAUAAGGAAGUUGAACAUUAUGAAAAAGUAAUCGAUUCUUUGGGUGUUAAAAUGCUAAAUGGUAAUACACCAUUAUAUAAUAAAUGGAAAGAUUUACAAGAUCUUUUAAUGAAAGAUGAAUCGAAACGUAGUGCAAAUAUUGCAAAAUUAUUCCCAGAAAAAAAUCGAGCUCCCGAUUCUAUACCUUAUGAUCAUGCAAGAGUCGUACUAGAACGGACAACUGACGACUAUAUUAAUGCUGCAUACGUAAAGUUUCAAAGGGAGUUUAAGUUGGAUUUGGGACCAGGAUGUCCCGCUAUGAUAUUAGCGCAAACACCUUUACAAAAUACAAUAAAUGAUUUUUGGUCCAUGGUUUGGAAUCAUAAAGUUAGAACAGUUGUUUGUCUUCAUACUCCAAAUGAGAUUUUAGACACAUAUUGGCCUCAAAAUAAUGAUAAAGAAUUACAUUUUGAUGAUUUCUCUAUAGAAUUCGUUAAACAAUAUGAUUUAUCACAUUGUAUUGAAUAUAAUUUAAAAUUAACGAUGAAUGGAGUUGAUGCUAUAUUAAAUUUAUCUUUAUUACAAAUAAAAUCGUGGAGUAAAAAUGCUCCAACUCAUAUUUUAGAGAUAUCACGAAAUAUAUUGACAACUCAAAAACAAAGAAAUCAAGAAUUUAAUUCGAAUUCACCAUUAAUAAUGAAUUGUUUAACAGGUUCAGAACGUUCAGGAUUAGUUGCUUUAGCAAUAUGUGCUAUUUUGUCAACAAAAACUAGAAGACCAACUAUUAUUGAUGUUGUGGAUAUUUGGUAUCGAAUAUGUUCACAACGAAAAAAUGCUCUAAAAGACGCUAAUAAUUUAGAAUUAUCCAUGAAAAUUGUUUUAUGUCAUGCACAUAAUGUUUUAAAUCAACGUGGUAUCAUGACUUCGUAUCAAAUGAAAAUUGCCCAAACAGUAGCCGCAACCGAAAAAGAAGAAGCAAAAGAUCCACUUAGAGAAUUAGAUCCUUUAUGGAAGUUGAAACAGGAGAAAUAAAUUUCAUUAUAAUAUUUAAUACUAUUUUUACAAUCAUUAUUCAAACAAAAAAAAUAAUACAUACAUACAUAUUUCUUAAAAUUAUUAACAAUGGAAAAAAUAAACUGAUAUGGUACUAGCUAGUUUAUUAUUGUUUUUACAAAAUAAAUAUUAAAAUUAAAUAUUUUAUUCUUAUACAUAAUCAAAAAUAAAUGUUAUUUCAUAUUAUACUAAUAAUUAUUACAAUAACUCUUAUUCUGUUCUGUGAAAGUUACAUAUUUUUUCUUUUUCAGAAAUAAAAAUUUCAAAAAUU